GCCCUCCGUGGAAUGAGUUUGACACCUCUGUGAGCUGGAGGGUGUACGCACAUAGCCUACAUUUCCCGACAUGCCAAGUUGAUCCAGACACGCGUACUGUUGCUUGACUGUUUCAAAGGUUGUGUACGCGGAUUCCACUUUUCGGGAACACAAUGUUAUUGUCAGGUUAUUAUACGUGAGAGAAGAGACCGGCUCGAAUAAUUUCAGCUGGGGUUCAAGGAUCGAGUCUGUGCAGAGUUCACACAGACAGACAGACAGACAGACAGACAGUGUGUGAAGGUGAUGGCACGGUAUGUGGGUAUAGCAGCAACAGGAUGAGCGGUGGAGCCCUGGGUAUCGAGAUUGUGCUGGUCUUCUUCCUGCCACUAUUUCUCCUGCAUCGCUAUGGACACUUCCGCAAGCAACACCCACUGGUGCUGUUCGGGACCCUCCUGUCCUGGUAUCUCUGCUUCCUCAUCGUCUUCAUCCUUCCCUUGGAUGUCAGCACGACCAUAUAUAACCAGUGUAAGAUUGACAACGAGAAACCCAGGGCUCUGACCAGUUCAGACCCCUCUGAUCAGACAUCCAACUCCUCUGUCUUCCCUACAAGCACACCUAAAGUAUGUCACAAGCCAUGGAGCUAUAUUCCUGAUGGAAUUCUGCCAGUGUUCUGGCGCGUGGUCUACUGGACCUCUCAGUGUCUGACCUGGCUGUUGCUCCCCUUCAUGCAGUCCUAUGCAAGCUCUGGGGGCUUUUCUAUCCCCGGUAAGAUUAAGACGGCCCUUAUCGAGAACGCCAUCUACUAUGGCAUCUACCUGGUCAUCUUUUGCUCCUUGCUUAUCUACUUGGCUGUCCAUCCCCAGUGGCAGCUAACCUGGCAGGGUCUGCAAACCAUUAGCAUCGCAGCAGCAAACACCUGGGGGCUUUUCCUCUUGGUGCUGUUGCUAGGUUAUGGCCUGGUGGAGAUCCCGUGCUUGUACUGGAACUCCUCUCGCCACGGUUACCUGUUGGCCAAGACCUACUUCAAGGCGGCCAAGCUGACGAAGGAAAAGUCAGACGCCGAGGAAAACAUGGAUGACGCCAUGGAGGAGGUGGCAAAUGUCAACGAAUCAAUCGGGUACGGUCACCCCCUAAGGAUCAGCAUUGACACUAUUUUGAGAAAGUGUCCCAUGGAAAUCCAGGAGAAAAUGGUCAGGCUGAACACGGAGGACAGUGAGGAUGAAAGCACACAGAGGACCUAUCCUUCCAAAAGGAGCCUGGUGAAGCUUCAUAAGCAAGUGAUCUGUGCUGGCCAGAGACACAGUCAAACCCAGGUCCAGUGGGCGAUCCUUCUGGAAGAGGCCUUCCAUUUAGAGGACGUGUGUAAGAAUGAGACCAGUACCUCCCAUCAGUUUGUCCAUAGUUUCCUCUCCUCCCAGCCACCCGGCUGGCUCAGCAAAUACCUGUACACGCCUACCAUAGAGUGGUACUGGGAGUGUGUGCUGCGACAGUGGUGCUACCGGCUGCUGGCACUACUGCUGUCUCUACUCUCUGUGGCUGUGGUGUGGUCUGAAUGCACGUUCUUCAGCACACAUCCUGUCCUCUCUCUCUUCGCCAUAUUCAUCCAGUUAGCAGAGAGUGACUACAACUACUUGUACAUAGAGAUGGCGUGCUUCCUCACUAUUUUGUUCCUGUGUGUUUGUGUCUACUCCACCGUGUUCCGCAUCCGAGUCUUCAACUACUACUACCUGGUACCUCAUCAUCAGACAGACGCCUACAGCCUACUGUUCAGCGGAAUGUUGUUCUGUCGACUGACUCCUCCGCUGUGUCUCAACUUCCUGGGUCUCAUCCACAUGGACGCCUCCAUUUCUCACCAGCAGAGAAUAGAGACAGCAUACACCACAAUCAUGGGCUCUAUGCGUCUCCUCUCCUUCAUAGCAGAUGGUUUCUACAUCUAUUACCCCAUGCUCAUAGUCCUCCUCUGCAUCGCCACCUACUGCAGCCUGGGUACCCGCUGUCUCAACCUCCUGGGGUUCCCACAGUAUAUUAGUCAGAGCGAUGACUUGACCUCUGAGCUGGUGGAAGAAGGCAGAGAGCUUAUCAGAAGAGAAAGAAGAAACCGACAGAGAAGCGAGGAUGCGGAGAGUCGGAAACGAGGAUGGAGAGAGCGCUAUGGAGAACAGCGAAAUGUGAGGAGGAGCAGAAAUGGUUAUUCCGAGUUAAAGGACAACGACUCUCCCUCAGACAACAGUGACACUGCCCAGUUGACUAGGAGAGAGAGCGGGGAUCACACUGGGCUACUUCAGGACGUGGACACCACAAGCCUAGAUCCUAGUGAUUCUCCAACCCAGAGGUACUAGAUCCUAGUCAUUCUCCAACCCAGAGGUACUAGAUCCUAGUCAUUCUCCAACCCAGAGGUACUAGAUCCUAGUCAUUCUCCAACCCAGAGGUACUAGAUCCUAGUCAUUCUCCAACCCAGAGGUACUAGAUCCUAGUCAUUCUCCAACCCAGAGGUACUAGAUCCUAGUCAUUCUCCAACCCAGAGGUACUAGAUCCUAGUCAUUCUCCAACCCAGAGGUACUAGAUCCUAGUCAUUCUCCAACCCAGAGGUACUAGAUCCUAGUCAUUCUCCAACCCAGAGGUACUAGAUCCUAGUCAUUCUCCAACCCAGAGGUACUAGAUCCUAGUCAUUCUCCAACCCAGAGGUACUAGAUCCUAGUCAUUCUCCAACCCAGAGGUACUAGAUCCUAGUCAUUCUCCAACCCAGAGGCACUAGAUCCUAGUCAUUCUCCAACCCAGAGGCACUAGAUCCUAGUCAUUCUCCAACCCAGAGGCACUAGAUCCUAGUCAUUCUCCAACCCAGAGGCACUAGAUCCUAGUCAUUCUCCAACCCAGAGGCACUAGAUCCUAGUCAUUCUCCAACCCAGAGGCACUAGAUCCUAGUCAUUCUCCAACCCAGAGGUACGCAGGAGGACGUUACCUCUCCCUGGCGUCCUCUCGGACACACAUUUUCAACAAUGUCUGAGAGGAGCCCCUGCUCAGAGGCUGUGGGACUGAACUGACCUUUCCUCAUUGCCCACACAGCUGCUAGAGUUCCAUGGAUAUUUUCUUCUUCUCUUUUGUCCUUUAGCCUGUUUGUCUGGAGAUAGAUAUUUAUUUAAUGCACAUUGGGGGAUCAUAAUGAAUAAGAUAACAUGGACCAGGGGGUCCUGAUCUGAGAUCAGCACUCCAACUGUGGUUCCAGUAGUGCCCCGAGAACAAAACAUUGUCUGACCUCAGGAACAACUGUGACUUUUAACCUUAGGAACAAGGGAUGCAUUAGGGCCCCUGACCAAGUGCUUACCUUUUCUCCCCCUCCUUUGAUUUCCGUUUGUGUUUUUAGAACCCAUUCAUUCUGUAACGACGACUCAGUCAUUUUAUUUUACCUUUAUUUAACUAGGCAAGUUAGUAAAGAACAAAUUCUUAUUUUCAAUGACUGCCUAGCAACAGUGGGUUAACUGCCUUGUUCAAGGACAGAACGACAGAUUUUUACCUUGUCAGCUUGGGGAUCUGAUCUUGCAACCUUUCGGUUACUAGUCCAACGCUCAACCACUAGGCUACACUGCCACUCAUCUCACAAUGCCUCUUCUUUGCCAGGGUAUGUAUGAGUUUUUAGGGUACAAUGAUAAUACAUGUCUUCUUUCUAGGAGAUUUUCCUGUGCCUUGAUUUUGCUCCAUUUUAAAUGUUUUUAUUUCCAUAAAUGCUGUAUAUUUAAAUAUCGAUGUCCUUUUAUAGAUGCACUGUCGUUUUUUAAUCAACAAGUACUGACUGUACUGUUGUUUUUUAAAUCAACAAGUACUGACUGUACUGUCGUUUUUUAAUCAACAAGUACUGACUGUACUGUCGUUUUUUAAAUCAACAAGUACUGACUGUACUGUCGUUUUUUAAUCAACAAGUACUGACUGUACUGUCGUUUUUUAAUCAACAAGUACUGACUGUACUGUCGUUUUUUAUGAAUAAUAACUGAGCUCAGUGGUGUUUGAUGCUUGGACCUUAAGGGUGAGGAUGGUGUGAACCAUGUUAACCAGUAAGAACUGUGUGAGUCAAGGUUUGAUUAUGUAAAAUCCCCCAUUAUAUCUCAGAUCCAGUUUCAAUAAAUCACCCCCCCCCCCAAAAAAAAAAAAAUAUUGUGAAACUAUUUAGUCAAAUAUCAAUUCAAGGUAUGUAUUUGUAAAUUAACUUUGAUCUAUAUUAUUAUUAUUGAUGGUUUAUGGUGAUGAAGGAAUGAUUUGACCUCCUCAUACCUGCUACUGAGAGACUGCAGGUCUUGUGCUUGCAGGCUGGGUCUGAGUCAGACUGAAACUAGAUAAAGAGAAGUAACCACUGUCUGGUUUUGACAUGUUGAUCUUGAGUGACAGUGGACAAUGCUAAUGAAUUCAGAGAAGCUACUGUACUAGGUUGCCUUAUACGGUAACCUCAGCUUAUUGAUAAUAAUAAUAAUAAUAUAUGCCAUUUAGCAGACGCUUUUAUCCAAAGCGACUUACAGUCAUGUGAUACACACAUACGUUGAUGUAGGUGAUCACACCACCAGGGAGUGAACACAUGUAUAAAAUCAGCUGUGCCCUUCGGUGGGGUGCAGAACUUACUCUGAAACAUGCGUGCCAUGUUCCCGUUGUCAACUUGUCUGCAAUUGCAUUUAAUAAAGGUUUUUGAUUUAUUUA